AUGGCAGAAAUUGGACGUGUUCUAACAGCAAUGGUUACCCCGUUCACCGAGGACGGAGAGGUCGACUAUCCGCAGGCUAGAAAGCUGGCGAAGUCCUUGUUGGCGUCCGGUUCGGAUGGACUGGUGAUUGGAGGGACGACCGGAGAGGCGCCUUCGAUGUCGGACGAAGAGCGCUUGAAGCUCUUCGCAGAAGUCAAAAAUGCGAUCGGAGAUUCCGGCGCGGUGGUAGCCGGCACGACUGACAACAACACCUACCGAUCUAUCGAAGUGUCAAGAGAGGCAGAAGCCGUUGGCGCCGACGCGAUCUUGAUGACGGUACCCGCUUACAACAAACCGACGCAAGGCGGAUUGGUGAAACAUUUCAUCGCGAUAGCCGAGGCGGUCUCGAUACCCGGGAUUCUCUACAACGUGCCGAGCCGCACGGCGUUGAACAUGACGGCGGGAACGACUUUGAAAUUGGCUGAGGUACCGAAUAUUGUGGGGGUCAAAGAGGCCAGUAGCGACGCGGAUCAGAUCGCGUACGUCAUUAAAGGUGCACCCGACGGUUUCAAUGUCUGGUCAGGCAACGACAACGAAACGUUCUCGAUCGUUUCCACCGGCGGUUAUGGCGUAGUCAGCGUUGCCAGCAACAUCAUCGGCAACCAAGUCAAAGGUCUUAUCGGCGCAGUUUUGGAAGGCGACAUCGAGCGCGCCGCUGGCGAACAUCUUCGCUUGCUGCCGAUUUUCAAUGCGCUCUUCUUCAUCACGAACCCGAUACCCGUUCGCUACGCAAUGAACCGGUCCGGCUUCAACGUGGGCCCGCCGCCACCCGAUGCAAGCGGACGACGACGAGAUGGCCGCGUUUGCAGCGCAGUUCGAUCCGAUCAUGGAUCAAUACCGAAUCGAUCUCCCCAACGGUUGAUGCAGUCAUGA